UUCUUUUAAAAAAUCUCAAGUCGCCUUACAGAGUUAAAAUGCGCUCGUACUCGCUGACCUGUCAGAAAUAUUAAACAAGGAAGUUCAGUUAAAGAAUAGGUCACUAUGUUUCGUAAUCUGAACCCGUAUCAGACAUAGUGACAGGAACUGAAAGUUGGCAAGCACGAUACCUCGAAAGUACCAUUGAUAUGAAACAGCGGGCGUCCGAAGUACCGGAAAUAAGAUUCAACGUUUCAUAACCACCAGUUUAUGUUAAUAGAUUACAAUUCUUCGCGCAGGAAAACAUGGCAAGUGAAUUAGAAAAUGUUCAAAAAGCAGACGAGCCACUUAAAAAAGCGUCCUUCAAGGAGCGAAAUAAAUCCAUGGUGAAUAACAGCCUCAUAAGCGAUGUCACGUUCAUCGUAAACGAUAGCAAUGGAGGCAAGGAAAUCACCGUUUACGCUCACAAGUACGUUCUCUCUGUGGGCAGUCCUGUGUUUUUCACUAUGUUCUACGGCGCUUUAGCGACAGAAGGAGCUCAGGAAAUACACCUUCCUGAUUGCGAUGCCGACAGCUUAAAGGAAUUCCUUAGUUUUCUCUACUGUGACGAGGUUCGUAUCUGCGAAGACACCGUGAUACAGUUGUUGUACCUGGCUAAGAAGUACAUGGUGCCUUUACUACACGAAAUAGCCAAAAAGAGGCUUCACAGCAUGAUUAAUGCGACAAGUGUAUUCGAAAUCCUUCCCUCAGUCAUUCACCUUGACGAAGGCGACCUCGUUGAACAGUGCUGGAAGGUCAUCGAUAUUGACACGGAGCAAGCGAUCAUUCAGGACUCCUUCUAUGAGCUCGAAAGAGAUUUGCUGGAAAAAGUGCUCGAAAGAGACGAGCUAACGAUCCGAGAAGCUAACCUAUUUGGGAGAGUGUUAGACUGGGCUAAGGUGCGUCAAAAUCUACCAGAAAGCGACGGUAAAGAGAGCAACAUCCGUGAUAUUCUUGGAGAGAAAAUGAUUCGUCUGUUACGCUUCUCAACAAUGUCCUUUACCGAAUUCACCAGCCUUGUAUCGAACUCAGGAGUGCUUAAGGAAAAAGAACUUACUACCAUCACACAAUUCUACGGAGGGUUCUGCCAAGAGACCCCCAAGGAAUUUUGCGAGAGUUUCCCAAGGGGUAAAAUUUUCAGAUGCAACAGAUUUUCGAAAGCGUCUGAUCCGGAAGUAUUGCCACGGAAUAGAAAAUGGAGUUAUAAGAGAGGAUACGAAGACAGCAUUAGAUUCUCAGUCGAGGCUCCAAUCGUUAUAUGCGGCAUUCGUCUGUACGGCUUUGAACGAGCUUCGUAUUACGUGGAAUUGUCUAUUUACCACGCGUCACGCAAUAUUCAUGACCGUGACACACGUAAUCUACCAAGUUUCUCUACUGUUGGUAUUUUUCAAAGCGACGAAGAAAGGACCAGUGAGUACUACGGAUUUGAUGUACCCGUUGAUCCACCGUUUUACUUGAAACACAAUACGGAUCUGAUAGCGCAAGUUAUCAUGCAAGGCCCAAAGUCCGAUUUUGGUGAAGGAGGCAAGUUGUCUCUCGAUUGUGAGGGGGUUAGAUUCCAUUUUAGCAACGAAUGCAGUCGUAACGGCACAACAGCGAAAGUUGGUCAGUUCGCGGAGAUAAUAUUCAAAACUGAUCUGUAAAAUAAAGAAAGACGUUCUUUGUAAUGUCAGGAGAGUGGGAGGAAGUCUAUGGCCCGAAAAAUUGGACCACAGACCUUCGGAUUACACCGAUGCUCAUCAUUCAUUCACGUAACGGUUUUGUUAUUUUCUUAUUUUCGAGGCAAACAAACGCUUGUCACAAGUGAACCUGGUAUUGCCCUGACUCAUCACAGAGUCUCUUAAUCUCAGUGGCAGAGCAUGAAAGUGCAAAUCCGAAGGUCUGUCAUUUUCUUCCCCAUGGGGAUUCUGAUUUAUCUUCGUUCCACGCACGUGACAAGAUGGGUAACAAUUCACGAGCGAGCACAAAACACAUAAUUUUUUCCUAUUCCGGUGUCUCGUUCUUAUCUCCCAAUAGCUUAUAAGUGUUUCGGUUUCCUCUGAAGGUUCGCAAGUUGACUGUGUACCUUUAAAAAAUAACUGUUUGGUGCUCUCCAUGAGGUCAUUAGACUAUGAGUUUGCGAGGUUGAGUUGUGAUAGAUAGCAAGCAGAAUAUUUAUUACGAUGUAUUUAUAAUUCACUUAACUAGCAUUUUUAACAUUAACAAAGUUAAGAAAAACUUAUGGGAAAUAAUUCAAUUUGUCCAAACAAACGCCGACAAUUCAAUCGAGCUUAGAACUUAAUGUAAUAGUCUUUAAAAAAAAAAAAGAUGGGUAACAAAUACGUUACAA